CGCCCUCCUCUCGUAUUUAUCCCCCACCACCGCGCCGCUAUCCCCGCCGCCGCCUCACCUCACCGCCGCUGCGUCCCGACUCCCAACGAUGGCGCCGCCUCCGCCGCCGACGCGAUGCCUCCCCGUCCUCCUCCUCCUCCUCCUCGUCGUAGCGCCACUCCUCGCGCAUGGCCGCCGCCCCUUCAUUUCCGACGGCGGCAACGCUAACGCUAACGCGAACGCGAGCGUGCUGCGGCUGCCGUCGGCGGCGGCGGCGGCGGGGGAGGACAUGGGCUGCGAGAUGUCGUACGGGUUCCUGCCGUGCACGACGACGGCGUGGGGGAACCUGUUCCUGGUGCUCGCCUACGGCUUCCUCAUGUUCAAGUCCGCCACCUACCUCUCCUCCGGGAGCGAGAUGCUGCUCCAGAUCCUCGGCCCCGGCAUCGUCGGCGGCCUCUUCCUCCCCAUCCUCGGCGCCCUCCCCGACGCCCUCCUCAUCCUCGUUUCUGGGCUCUCUGGCACUAAAGAGGUUGCUCAGAGUCAGGUCUUGAUUGGAAUGGGCCUGCUCGCGGGGUCAACGGUUAUGCUCUUGACCCUACUCUGGGGAUCUUGUGUUGUUGUUGGCAAGUGUGAUCUGUCAGAGAAUUCAACCGCAAUCGAUUCACGGGAUACCAAAGGCUUCAGUCUAUUAGGCUCUGGUGUUUCAACUGAUAAGCAAACCAGCUAUGCAGCAAGAAUCAUGGCGAUAUCUAUUCUCCCCUUUAUUAUUGUUCAAAUACCGAAGAUUUUUAAGCUCCAUUCUGGUCAUCAGAUAACAGUCCUUAUUGGACUUAUAGUGGCAGCUCUACUCUUGCUUUCUUAUUGUCUAUAUCAGGUCUUUCAGCCAUGGAUCCAGAGGAGAAGAUUAGAGUAUACAAGACUGAAGCAUGUAAUGUCUGGACUUCUGAGACAUGCUCAAAAGCAUUCAAUUGGUCGCCUUCUUGACGAUGAGGGAAGACCUAAUGUUUCGGUGAUAGAGAAGUUAUUUCACAGGAUUGAUCAGGACAAUGAUGGAAAGCUAGAACGCGGCGAAUUACAAGCUUUCAUCGUUGGUAUUAACUUUGAAGAUAUUGACUGGAACAGUAACCUUGCUGCAGAUCAAGUCAUGGCUGACUUUGAUACAUCACGGAACCAUUUUAUUGAAAAGGGUGAAUUUGUUAAUGGAAUGUUGAGAUGGCUGGAUGAAGCUAAGCGUACUGUUACAUCUGGUGCCUACUCAAAAAAGUUCUUGAAUGAUUUUCAUGCGAGAACAAGGGAUGAACAAACCGGUCUGCUCGACAAGGAUGAAGAGGAAGGUGAAGCUGAUGGAAAUCCAACCUGGACUUGCAUUAAGGCCAUCUUACUUUUGCUUCUGGGAACUGCAAUGGCAGCAGCAUCUGCAGAUCCUCUUGUUGAUGCUGUGCACAAUUUCUCAAAUGCUACACAUAUUCCCUCCUUUUUCAUCUCCUUCAUUGUAAUGCCCUUGGCUACUAAUUCCAGCGAGGCUGUCUCAGCAAUUAUAUUUGCUAGCCGGAAGAAGAAACGGACUUUGUCACUAACCUUCUCUGAGGUCUAUGGUGGAGUGACCAUGAACAACACACUCUGCCUCGCCGUGUUCUUGGCCCUUGUUUACGUGAGGGGCUUAACCUGGGAUUUCUCAUCGGAGGUACUCAUCAUCCUCCUCGUGUGCAUCAUAAUGGGCCUCUUCACCAGCUUCCGGACUGAUUUCCCACUCUGGACAUGCUUCGUCGCCUUCCUUCUCUACCCGUUGUCGCUGAUCAUGGUCUACAUCCUUGACUACAAGUUUGGAUGGUCGUAGGCCUGCAACGUUGAUACAUCUGAUAUACACAUAUAGAUGACAAGCAGUAUAAUUGAUCAGUAACCACUCAUCUACCUUUUGUAAGUCUUAUCGUUUACCAUGUUACCUGGAAAGGAUGCGGAUUGCAAGAUAUAGAUAGAUAUGCAGAAUGAACUUUGUUAUUAGAGUUGAAAGCAUUAUCUAAUUCGAAACAUGCGCAUCAUACAUGUUUCCUUCUUUUCUUUUUAAUCUAAGAGGACGUGUUGCAAUAUUGCACUGAAGCUCUGAUGAUCUGAAGGCCUCAAAGCUAGAAUUGUUCACUUUUUGGGCGAUCCACAGUUGUAGUUCCUUUGUUGGCCUAGAGGUGGUCGGUCACGUUUAGCAGCGAUCGGGCUGGUGCUAGUUUUCUCAUGAGUUUGCGCUGCUUGGCGCUGUCGGUGUGUGGGUGUUGUAUACUUUUUUUCUUAUCCUGAUUACAGCCUUUCAGGGUUGUAAUCUUGUAAUUUUUUUUCUGCCCUAUCAAUAUGAAUUUCGCAAAAAAAAAAGAAUUGAUGACUUAUCACUCUA